AUUCCAUUUAAAGAAUUAUAGUUAGUCAUCAAGUGAUUUACAACAGCGCAAAUACAAAAAGUAAACGCACAAGUCUGUGUCGUAAUAAAAGCCUACACAACUUAUCUUUAAUUAAUGUAUUUAUUCUGCAAUAAUUCAAAGCAUUUUAGAUGUUGAACUUGAAAAUAUAGAAGCAAUUACGUAAUAUCUGAGUGUACAAAUUAUUUAGAAGCAGUGAAAGUCAAGCGUUGAGUUUCUCUGCAAAAUUGAUUUUUAUAAAGACGGCGAAGCUUAAUUGUUAAAAUGCCACGAAUAGUGCCUAUACAAUUAUUGAAAUGCCUCAAAGUUCUGUUGGAUGAUAAUGGAGGCAUAUUAAGUGCCGGAGAAGUGAAACGAAUAGCAAGUUUGAUGACUAAAUAUUCGAAAAAAUUGGUUUCCAAGUGCAUUUAUGUGCAAAUUUUGAAAUGUACCAAAACUGAAUUACUGGGCGAAUUUAUGGGAGCUGGAGGUUGGUCUUUAGUGUACACCUGGUUAAAUGAUGCUAUCCGUGCUAUGAAUUGGCCUUUGGUGCAAGAGAUUUUAGAGUUAUUAUUAUUAUGUCCGGUGGAUGUGCAUCGUUUAAAAAUAAAUUCUGCUCCUAAAUUAGUUAAAGGCCUGUGUAAGGAUGGCGGGAAUGAAGGUGUUCGCAUAUUGGCUAAACGUCUUGUCGAGCAGUGGUUAAAAAUUGUUACGGACAAUCCUGAAAGUUCUGCGUCAAAAACGCCAGCGUCAACACAAAUUGCUAAUCAAAAUCAGUCAGUUAACAAGGCGAUGACCCCGCAGCAAAGCAGCCUAGUCAAAACUUCUACGACGGCAGCAAUUACUCCAGUCGAUAUUUCCGUAUCUGUAACACAAUCGUCUGCAACUGUUAAUUCCGCACCUUUAACUACAAAUACAACAAGCGGUUGUCUGACAAAUGUUACAACAACAACGCAACCGGAAACAAAGCAAUCUGGAGCUGAGAACAUGCAACAAGUGCAAGAUGAAAAGCAAAUAAAUAAUAAAGAGAAAGCACAGCAAAGAGACGAGCAGAAAGAAGAAUCUCAGGUCGAACAAGAUCCUCUCGGUGAAGUGCAAGAUGUGACGCCGACAUCGACCUCAUAUACGUUGACACCAGCUCAAAAGAAAGCCAGCGAAAGCGGUUUAGUGUAUAAAAUAGUUGUUAAGGAUGGUCAGCAAGUGCUAGCCAAAGUAGCAAAACCUGUUGUCCCCGUCGUUAAGCUCUCAGCUAGUGCGAUCGCUGCUGCAAUUUCCUCAGCUCGUGAUAAGGAAAAAAGUGCUAAUGAUAGUCUUGGUAAGGAAGGAGAAGAUACUGAAGAUGGUGAAGGUACAAAUUCAAUAAAUGACUCAAACGCUGCGGCCGAUGUAGAAGAAGACGACAACAGUUCGUCGUUGGACAAAACUGAAAAAGAAAGUGAAAAUAAUAGCAGCACUGAAGAGGAAAUCGAUACAAUGAAGAACAAGCACAAAUCUAGUACAGAAGCGGAUAAAAAAAAUGACGAUAAGAAAUCUGAGGGCGAGAAAGAAAAAUCGGGUUCUGCUAGUCGUAAAGAGCAUAGACGUUCGAAAGACUCGAAAGAUGUCAAGGAAAGGCGUUCCAGUAGUAGCGGAAUAGAGAAAGAUAAGGAAAAAGAUAAAGACGGGAGAUCGAAAAGUUCUUCAAGUUCCGGUCACAAAUCUUCUAGUCAUAAGUCAUCGUCUUCGAAAAGUUCGUCAUCCUCAUCGUCGAGUAAAUCGAAAUCUUCUUCGUCUUCUCAUCGCAGUUCUAGUGAUAAGCACAGGAGUGAUAAGGACCGUUCCAGUUCCAAUAAAGAAAAAGAGAAGGACCGUAGCAGCGGCUCCUCCAGUUCGUCGAGUAGCAAACAUAAAUCAUCUUCAAAGUCGUCGUCGUCAUCCUCCUAUUCAUCAAGUACAAAGGAUAAACAUCGCGAUAAGGAAAGAGAGAAAUCUAGUAGCAGCUCUUCCGUGUCAUCCUCCUCUGCUAAUAAGAGUAAAGAUAAAGAACGUUCAGAUAAAGAUACAAAUCAAAUUGAAAAGGAUAGAACUGCAAGUAAUCAUGAAAAAAGUAGUAGUAAUAUCUCGACGUCUCCAUCGAUAGACAAAUUGGGUAGAAUACCUAAGAAACCGAAAGAUGAUGCCAGUGCUAGUGCCAGCGAUGAGUCUCAAACUAAGCCUACUUCAAUUACAAUUCCAUUUAAGAAAGCUUCCAUCUCGAUAGAAAUCCGUAGAGAUUCGGAGAAAGCUAAAACCGUUAAAACGUACAAAUCUCAGUUUCGCUCGCAUGGGUUGACGGAAGAAGCACCGCCUCCGCCGUCACGUAAAGGAUUAAAGAAACCUUCCUUUGGCGCACACACGCCUGGUACCAUAUUGCCCACCUCUUUGCCAUCUUCGCUCAAGCGUUCUUCGCCAACACCGCGCGAUUCGCCCGGUGAAAAAAGAUCUAAGAUUGAUUUAAAUAAUGUAACGUUAGCGAAUGAGAAGCCUGGAGCUAUUAAACUUAUACCACCCAAAAAAAUACAAACGCUUGUUGAAACCAAUCUGUUUUCCGAUGCUUUGUCGGCAGCUACUGGACCUAAAAAAGUUACAAAACGUAAGCGACCUCUUACACCUUCAUCGGCCAGUACUGGUACGGCCGCUUCAAGUUGUAAUAAAGAAGGACCGUCUCCAUCCACAAGUCCUGAUUUAUCAAAAGUCGUUAGUUUGAAAUUUUAUCAAGACACUUUAGAUGAAAGUAAAACAGAGGAUUCCAAAUCGGAUAAGGAAAAUGAGAGCGAUAGCAUUAGUAAAGAGAACUGCGAAGAUAGUUCAUUGGAUAAGGAUAUUGAAGAUGAUGAUGACAUUCCUUUGAAGAAAGUUAAGGAAGAUAUUGAACAAAAAGUGGCCAAAGAACGAAAAUUGGAUGUUGAUGGUAAUAUAAUCGAUUUAAGUGAAACCGAAGAUUUAAACAGAGGCAAAGAAGGAUCACCUAACGAGAAUUCGUCAAAUGAAGUAGUAAUUGUGGUCGAAGAUGAACCCAGUGGUGUAAGAAAACCUGGUCCUGGCUGUGGCCCUAAUGGUCCGCCAGGUGUUUUAAUGUUGCAUCGUCGUAAGGGCCCCAAAAAGAAGUUGUCUUGGUCUCCGCAGGAGACCUUGGAACAAAUUCGCUACUUUGAGUUGGAUGAGACAGAACGUGUAAAUGUGACGAAGACUUCUUUCAUGGAUAUGAAGAACUUGGAACGUUUCAAUGAACGUGACGCUAUUAUAAUGUCGCGCCGUGGUUUCCAAAGGGAAGAUAAUAUGGAAGCACAGACAACUUGGAAGCCCUUAAUUGAAGUAGAAGAUGUGCCACAUCACCCGGAUGGCAGUCAAUCCAAGCAGCGGAAAAUCCAAGCUGAACGUGAGAUGACCACAUUGAGAGCUCUAUACUUUUCCCAUGCCAUUAUACCGGACUCCCCUGCCGAAGCAGAGAUAGAGCCGGUGUUUGCUUACGACGUGCCGGUAAUACCAUUAGAUGAUUUAACUGGCAAUCCGGAUGCUGUUAAUGAUUUUACCAGUAUGCCGUGGCCGGAGCCAAAAGGUUCUCCUAAACAAGGUGAUAAUUCUAUGUCAGGCACUGGUGGCUUAGGAAGCCCCGUAGAUAUGUUUGCCGGUCCAGUUCCAGCUGUGAUACCAGCAAAUACAAACAAUCCUUUUAACCCUUUCUUGAGCCCUUUUGGGAAUUCGGGAGGUCAAGCUCCACAGCAGAUGCCAUUGCAAAAUGGACCGCAGAGCCCUUGGCAAAAUCCAACAAAUGCAAUGGGUCCUAUGGGACCAGGCAAUGGACCCUUAUUGGGUAAUCCCUUCAAUGGCCAUAGCAGUCCUACUAUGGAUAUGGGUGGACCAGGUAUGGGUCCUGUACCUAUGGUUAAUAAUGGUCCUCCGCAAAAUUUUUUGGGGCAAUUUGGACCUAACGGUUCGCCUUUCGGAGCGCCGCCUGGCUCUCAGUUCGGUCCACCAAACAACGCGAUGUUUAAUGGGCCACCUAAAAAUUUUGGGCCGAUGGGUCCUAUGCCACUUAUGGGGCCUAACAUGAAUAUGUUGAACAAUAAUGGUCCGAUGAUGAACGGGCCAAAUCAACGUCUCGGCAAUAAUCGUAAUAAUGGCGGAAAUGGAAAUUGGCGCACUGGCGGCUCGAAUUUUCAGGACAACAACAGCGGCAAUAACUGGCGACCAAAUAUUUCGAAUCGUGGCAACAGUGGCGGCGGUAAUAACAGCAAUAAUGGGGUGUGCAAGGCUUUCAUGCGCGGUCACUGUCAUUUGGGCAAAUCAUGCAAAUAUAUUCACCCAAAAAGGAAACGCAUUUAGGAGUUGCAUGAAUCUUCUUCCCCCUUGGAAGAUAUUUCAAUUUCUUCCGGCCCAACAAUUUUCAAACAUGACUGUGAUAAAAAAGCCACUUAAUAUGUGCACUAAUUGACCUUUGUCCAUAGCCGAUUUGGCCUGCAGGCCUAGGACAUAUAAUGCUAAGUGGAGCAGAGGUCAUCGCUACAUUAAGUUGUUCCUAUCGUAGGAGACACAAGAAAAAAGACUGUUAUUGCUAAUUUACUGUUAUUAAUUUUUCACAUAACUUAGGUUUUUAUUAUUGUUUUUGAAUCUAAUUAAAUAAAUUGAGCACUAGCUUCAAGAGCUAUCAGUUCUGUUUUUAAAUAUUUUA